AUGUCUGCUCCCGCCCCCACUCAGGAUCAGAUCGCCCCGGCCGCAGCCCCGGUUGCUGCCGAGACUCCGGCUGUGCCCCCUGCUGCUCCCGCUGCUGCUCCCGCCGCCACCAACGGCCACAGCAACAGCGCCGCCGGCGGUGCCAUCAGCGACCGCGACGUCACCGAGUGGAAGGACCGCUUCAACCACGUCCUGGCCAAGCCCAGCGAGGCAAUCCACCAGCGCUCCCCCGCCGGCGCCUCUGCGUGGCACGAGUCAUUCUUCGGCUGCUUUAGCCCUAUCGACCUUUGCUGCAUUACCUGGUGCCUGCCCUGCAUCACCUUUGGCAAGACUCACCACCGUCUGCGCCGCGAUGCCAACCUCGAGGGCUAUGAGCCCAUCAACACCUCUUGCCUCCUCUUCUGCGGCUCCUCUUGCGUCGGCCUCUACUGGAUUCCUCUGGCUAUGCAGAGCGCUGAUAUCCGUGAGAAGUACAACCUGGAGGGCGACUGCGUGUCCGAUCUCCUCAAGGCCUUCUGCUGCGGCUGCUGCGCCCUCGUCCAGCACGAGAAGGAGUCUGCCUACCGCGAGCCCCUGCUGGCCUCGUCCGGCGGUGGCCACAAGGAGCAGUACCAGCCUUCGGGCGGCAUGAGCUAUCCUGCCCCCGCCGAAGCCUCCGCCCCUGCUCCCCAGCAGUAA